AUGAUCCGCUCGCUCAUCCUCGCGGCGGAGCUCCUGGCAGCCACGUGCGGCGGCCCCGAGCUCCCCGUGCACAGCGGGAGCUUCCAGGCGGCCCUCAGCCAGGUCGUCUGGGCCGGCAGCAGCGGCCUGCGCUGCGACCUGAAGUGCAGGGGCGGCUGCGCCGGGGACGGCUUCAGCGACGCGGCCGCUCAGCGUGAAGCGGCCUGCGCGGCUGCGUGCGGGUGCGGCGGUGGCGCAGGGCGCAUCGUGGCACUGUCGGAGGCAGGCACGGCCUAUACCUCCGGCGACAACGGGACCACCUGGCAGGACCUGCGAGAGAGCGUCAGCCUGCCCAGCGGCAGCGCCCCCUUCCGCGUGGAGCAGAUCCACGUCAGCCACGCAGACGCGCAGCUCGUCGCCGCGAUCACGAACUCGAGCCUGUGGCUGCUGUCGCGCGACGGCGGGCGGAGCUGGCAGGCGAUGAAGCUCACGACGCCCAGCCACGGGGAGCACACGAUCGCCUCCUGGCAGUGGCACCCGACGGUGGCGAACUGGGUGCUGGCCGAGUCCCCCGCCUGGUCCGCCAGGGAAGCGGGCGUGCGGCCGGGCCGCCGGCCGAGGGACGCGCUCUACUCCCAGGACGGCGGCGCCUCCUGGAGGCUGUUCGCGUCGAACGUGGCUCAGAGCCGCUGGGCAGUGCCGCCGCACGGAGCGAACGCCAGCCGCAUGCUCGUGUCGCGGUUCGUGCCCGCGCCGCAGCCAGCCAGCAGCGGCGUGCUCGCCCGGCUGGCCCGGACGAAGCCCCCGGACAACCUGCAGGACGUCGUCGUCACCGAGGACUUCCUGAACUCGAGCGCCGCGGUGGUCGGCGUGGCGUCGCCGGGCGGUGUGGGCGCCGCCUCGCAGGUCCAUCUCCACCAGAGCUUCAUCUUCGCGCUGGUCCCAGAGCCCGCCGGAGCGGGCCUGCGGCUCUGGUUCGGCGACGACGCCCCCGGCGCGCAGGGCCUUCGGCCCGUGGCCUUCCCGCCGAGGAUCGGGCCCGUGCUCCCCCGGCAGCUGCGCCACAUGAAAGUGCUGCACUCGACGGAGCACACGGCCCUGCUGUACGUCGCCGCGGCGGACCCAGAUCUGCCGUGGGGCCACGUCUUCAGCUGCUCGCGAGGAUCGCCCGACGUCGAGCUCCUGCUCACCGACGUGCACCGGCCCAGCGCACUCGCCAGCGUGGCGUUCGAGGCGGUCCAGGGCGUGGAUGGCGUCUUCAUCGCCAGCCGCGCCGUGCUGGACCGAGGGCAGGACCUGGACGAGGCCGAGCGCGAGUACGACGCGCAGGCGGAUCUGCUGGAGACAGAGGAAGAGGACGGAGCCACCGACGUGCCGGCUGCGGGGAGUCAGCCGCGGAGGUUCGCGGUGCGGACCUACAUCUCCCUGAACAUGGGCCUCGCGUGGCAGCCGCUGCAGCCGCCCUCGGGCAACUCAGGUGGGUGGCCCUCAGAGCAGGCCUUCGAAGACUGCCAGCGGACGGACCCCAAUGGGAGGCGACCCGGUUCUUGCCGCCUGCACCUGGCCUCGUGGACUUCGGCCGCCGCGGCCCCGGGGCUUGUGCUGGGAGUGGGCAAUGUCGGCCAGAAGCUCUCGGACGAGCCCGAUCACUUCAAGGUUUGGGUGUCUCGUGACGCUGGCAUCUCUUGGGCGUUCGCGCUGUCUGGCAUGCAUUCCGUCGCCAUCUUGAGCCACGGCGACGUGCUCGUGGCCGUGCCGCACCAGUCCCCGGCCACGCUGCACUAUUCCACCGACAGCGGGGUCCACUGGCAUGCUGCCCGGAUUUACAAAGGACCGCCUGGGCUCUCCGCGGCGGGGCUCUUCACGCACCCAGCGCACACAGACUGGCGCGCGCUCGUGGCGCUGGGCAGCGACGUGGGGCCCGCGGUGCAGCUCGCCUCCGUGGACCUCUCCGUGGCGCUGCCAGUGGUGUGCAAGGGGGCCGCCGACGCAGGCACGUCUGCCUCGGACUUCGAGAAGUGGUCACCCGCAGAUGCCAUGGAGGAUGCCCACGAGUCCAGGCGCACCGCCUGCUGGUUGGGGGUCCGCACGCGCUACACCCGUCGCCGGGCGGACAGGGCGUGCCGCACCGUCGCCCAGGCGCUGAUGCUCGCCCCGCGUGACCUCCGGACGGACGCGCCCUGCCCCUGCACGAGCGCCGACUGGACCUGCGCGCCCGGGUUCCGCCGGGCGACCUACGGCCGCGGCGCGCCGUGCGAGCCCGCGGAGGCGCAGGACGCGCCGAACGUGUCCAGCCUCUGCGCGGGGACGGCGGAGGAGGAGGUGCUCGUGUCCCGCGGCUACGUGCGGCUUGCCGGCAACGGCUGCCAGGGCGGAGUGGACCUGUCGCCCCGGGCGGAGGCCUGCGCCGCGAACGCGGGCGUGGCGGGGGCCCUGCGGCGGCUGCUGGCGGCCUGGCGCGCGACGGGCCUGUGGGUUGCGGCGGGGGCGGCGGCAGUGCUGGUGGGCGCCGCGUGGCUGCAGCAGCGGCAGCGCGGGAAGGGCGCCGGUGGAGCUCGAGGCGCGGCGGGCGCGAGCCAGAGGUUGGCGAGCGUCAUCGGCAGGAGCGCUGCCUGGCGGGAGUACGGCUUGGCGCGGACGCCCUGCGACGAGGAGGACGACGAGGAACGCGAGCUCCUGAUCGGCGAGCGGUAA